ACCGUCUCUGUGACCCAGCAGAUGAGCGGCAGGCGGGCACCCCCGGACGGCCGGGCGAGUCACCGCUGGCCGCUCACUCGUCGUCCACGCUCGACCGUCGCUCCAUGUCCAGUCUGCCAACCUCUGAACCGGACGAUGACAUCGACCGGCUGGUGGCGCUCCACCAGCAGCGAUCGGCCACACUCUCCACUCUCGGAUCCCGCAGUGACUCGAUGGCCAGCGUGUACUCGGCCGGCGAGGCGCGGUACGGUACGGUACCGGUACGCGGCGACCUGCAGCUGGCACUUCAGUACAACUACCAGCAGAGCGCCCUCGAGGUCACCGUCAAACAGUGCAGAGACCUGGCCGCCGUCGACACCAAACGCAACCGCUCUGACCCCUACGUCAAGGCGUACCUGCUGCCUGACCGGUCAAAGAGUGGCAAGCGGAAGACGAAGACCAAAAAGCACACCCUGAACCCCAUCUUCGACGAAACGCUGAAGUUCCCGGCCGUGGAGGCGGAGCUGGAGAGCCGCACCCUCUGGGUGACCGUGUGGCAUAGCGACAUGUUCGGCCGCAACGACUUCCUUGGCGAGCUGGUGCUGCCCAUCUGCCGGACACUGUUCGACGAUCCCAGUCCGCACUGGUACACUCUGCAGGAGCGGAGUGAGAUUCAGGAGGAGAGUCCCGGCCACCGCGGGGACGUCAUCGUCGCCUUCAAAUACACGCCGCCAGAUGGCAGCCUGGGCCGAAAGGGCCGCAAGACCAAGGGUCGGCUGCACAUCACCAUCAAGGAGGCCAAGAACCUGGCGCCAGUGCGCGCCAACGGCUCGGCUGACCCCUUCUGCAAGUGCUACCUCCUGCCGGACAGGAAGAACAGCAAGCAGAAGACGCCGGUGGCGAAACGGACCACGUGCCCUCGCUGGAGCGGCACGCUCACCUACGAGAACGUCAGUCUGGGAGAGCUGCGAGAGCGGGCCCUGGAGCUGACCAUCUGGGACCACAGCCUCACAUCCAACGAGUUCCUCGGCGGCGCCCGCUUCAACCUCGGAUCGGGGAAGCAGCUGGGUAAGCCGGUGGACUGGAUGGACGCGGCCGGCCAGGAGCGCGCUCUCUGGGAGCAGCUGAUCGAGCGGCCCGGCUACUGGGUCGAGGGCUCCGUGCCGCUCCGCUUCUCCAUGGAGCGCGCCGUCACCGCCGACAAGUGAUGUGUGACGUCACCCCCCGGCGGCGGCAGCACGCGCUCUGACGUCACCGCUCGCUGCGGGUGACGUCAGACGCCGGAUCUCUGGCGGCCGCCGCCCCGCGCGCGCACGCUCGCGCCCAACAGGCGGCCGCGCUCAGUCGCCGCGUGCCACGCGCGUGUGCGCAGAUGUAUGCGUGUGUAUGUUAUGAGUGUUCUGUGACGUCAACGUCGGCGGCGGGCGCGAUCAUUGCGCCGCCGCCGCGAUGUGAUUCCUAGCCGGCGCCCCGGGACGUGUCUGUGAUAGCCGCCGGCGGACGGGGCGCGGCGGCCGCACACGCCCGCGUCUCGACAGAUAGAGACCGGCGCUUUGUGUGCAGGCGGCGCCCGGCGCCCCACACCGAUAUAUGUCUAUGUAAUACACAGUAUCGCCGUUA